AAGCCGAUCACUUUGUUCGUAGUUGUCGUGAUUCAAUAAACUUAUUGGCGACAACUUUUCUAUUCCCGAAAAUAACACAAACGGCGUGCUUUGAAUGAUCAACUAAAAAGUCGAUGGAAGGGUCGUCAGACGAUGAGCAGUUGGAAAUGCUCUUGGGAUUUGACUUACGAGCGGAUUUGCAAACGCUGGGGCCCCGGGAUGUUGUGAACCUUCCAGCUUCAAACGAUAGCGACAGCGAUUCCAUGAACGAAAUCUUUUUGUUAGAUGAUAAUUGGGCAGUCAUGUCGCAGAGCGUGCGGCCACGUUACAGCUUUAAGUGCCAGCAAUUGAUCGAAUGCCCGUUCACAAGGCAACCGAAAAUCAAUAUUUUUAAUGCCAGGAUGCAAGGCCGUCUCCAUCUGGUGGCACGUAACUUCAAUUUGCUUACGGUUGUCAGCUAUCCUCGUUUCGAUGUCCAUCGGAGAUCGCAUCAUCAGGUUUGGAGCUACACUCCAGCAACAAAUCGCUGGAAACUGGAUGAGCGUUUCAAGCACAAUAUGCACGCGCUCCAACACAUGAGGAUGAAAGCAUUUCUGAACACCGACGGAAAUGAGCUAUUGAUCUACUUUGCCGACGAUGAAAAUCCAAGGAUCGAAAAUGGCUUUGUGGUGCACUCUAUCGACGGCACAAAUGCGAUAUUCCGGGCCGACGAAGGCGUUCUGCCGAGGGCAGGUUAUGGUGCAGCAUAUGUGUCGCAUCAGCAUUUUAUGUACGUGAUUGGUGGCAAAUUGAACUUAAUCCCCGUAUGCGACGUGCAUCGCUACGAUUUCCACAAGAGGCUGUGGCAGGUGCUCUACAAAAGUGAUCUGAACAAUCUCUUCUUUCUCGACUUUCCCAAGGGAUGCUUUGGCCACCAAGUGAUCACCGAUGGCAAGUUCAUCUAUUGUCUAGGCGGCGGCGACAUUGAUAUGCAAUUGCGCGACUUCAAGCACAUUCUCACCUUUAAUCUGAUCACCCACACUUGGCUUGAGCGUGACACCCAGCCCGAUGACCGCAUGCUAGCGGAGAACGAAGGCUAUCCGAGGGCACGUCAGCUGUUUGCAUGUGUGCAGCGACGUUGCUCCAACGGCGACAUUGAAGCCAUCAUCUGUGGCGGCCAGGAGGCGGAAUUCUUUAGCUACCUGUCCGACAUAUGGAAGCUCAAUUUGUGCACCAUGAAGUGGACGCAUCUUCUCACCGCCCGUACACCGUUACCCACAUACAUCUCACCGGCCGCCCUGAUGAGGAACGCUUGCUUGUUCGUCUUCGGUGGGGUUGAGAGUAAGGGUAAUUGGGCUCCGAGACCCGGUGUGAUGGGACUCUACAAGAUGUGGCUGACGGUGCCGAAGCUAAGUGAAUUGGCCUGGGAAGCAUACAGCUACUAUAACGACCUCAAGGGUCGCGAUCGCCAAGAGUUGAUCACUUUGGGCAUUCCAUCGCGAUUUGUUGAACGCCUGCCUCCUAUCGAGCCGAGUCCCGAGUUAGCUGAUCGUAGAACAAAACCAAAGAUUGCAAAGCAAUCAUGAUCAAGAAUUUAACACUUUUAUGUUAAUCUAUAUAACUUGCAAUCAAACAGCAUUCAAUGCUCAAAUAUAUUUGUUGGAACUAACCAC